AUCGAAAGCUUUAUCAGGAGGGAAUUAAGGACAAGACGGAUUGCGACUCCUCUAUAUAUACAUAUAUUUAGAGAUAGAGAGAGAGAGGCUAUCUAAGACAAUUUUUUCAGAUAUUCAAAUUGAAAUAGACUAUAAAAGUUAUUAAUAUCAAGUCUCAACAUGUCUAAAACCUCUGUACUCAAGAUAAGUCGCGAGAACAUAGUUAAGGUUGAGAACUAUCGCCAGUCACUCUACCUUCAGGCCGAGAAUCUCUUUUCAAACCACAUCCCUUUGAAGAUAACACAACUGGACAACUUGCUCCAGGAGGAAGCCUUGUGCAUCACAGACCUCUCCUCCCUCCAUGCCCCGCUGGAAAUCCCCAUCCCUGAGCCCCCAGUAGAGGAUGAGGAGAUGGAGACUGAUAAAAAUGAAGAAGAUGAAAAGAAGAAGAAAAAAACUCCAAAGUGUGGUUUCAUCAAAGGAAAUGAAAAAAUUGUAAAGCUCUUGAACAUAGUGAAGCCAGAGAUUGUUGCUCUGAAGGAGACCUGCAUCACAGUAUCCUGUUGGAUUCAGCAUCUCAUUCCCAAAAUUGAGGACGGGAAUGACUUUGGAGUUGCCAUUCAGGAAAAAAUACUUGAAAGGAUAACUGCUGUGAAGACUAAAGUUGAGGGAUUUCAAACCAACCUAAACAAAUACUUUUCAGAAAGGGGCGAUGCCGUUGCCAAAGCCUCCAAAGAUACUCAUGUGAUGGACUACCGUUCUUUGGUCCACGAGAAAGAUGAAGCUGUGUACUCUGAGAUCAGAGUGAUCGUCCUGGACAUCCGUGGCUUCUAUGCUGAAUUGUAUGACAUCAUCAGCAAGAACCUGGAGAAAGUAACCAAUCCAAAGGGAGAAGAGAAACCCUCCAUGUAUUGAUGUUUAAACUGGGAUUUCACAUUACCAGUGAUUACAAUAUCCACAUAACUACAGUUCCUGUUUUUCUUUCUCUCAAUCCAUUAAAAAACAGCCUUGAUACAGAA